AUGUCAACCAUAGGCAAUUCCCAGUGUGCACUUUGCCAUCUUCCAUUCGCACAAACACAAGGCAAUGGGAAUCAUGCUGCAUGUCCCUUCUGCCAGCGGACCUUUACCAGAGCUGACGGUGCUCGGCGUCAUGCCCGAACCUGCCGAUCCAGAAAGAAUCGCCCUUUACCGCCAGAUGCUAAAAGGGGCAGAAAACUGCGUGCGUGCGAUGGAUGCUCACGGGUAAAAGUCUUGUGUGACGCAAAGACGCCAUGUAGUCGCUGCGCCGCACGGAAUUUGACUUGUACCUACAAACAUCUCUGUACAAAUCCCGCGCAUCAGCCAUCCAGCCCACGACUCAGCGAAACACGCGAUGCUCCCAAAAAAGGAUGCCUAAAUCUGACUGCCCUACUCAAAUGGACAGAUCCGAAGGUUGUUUCUCUAAGCGACAUAGUUGUUGAACAACCAGAAAAAGAUACAGUGGAAACUUCACAGCAAGGAGAGACAGGGCCUUAUGAAAGAUGGAAUCUCUCAUUUCAACAUUUAGUGGGUGAUACGAUAGAUCCGAGGCUCUUGCUAUUAGGGCUGAUAGACUCGAGUCCUGAUCAAAUAAUGGAAUAUGGCGGCAACUUCAGCGGUAGUCCACCAGACAUGCUUUUCCCUUCACAAGCGUUGGAAGGAAUUUCAGGCCAUGGUCUCACUGAACGGAUGUCUCAACUAGCCGCCGAUUUGCGACAAUUUACCGUCUUCAAACCACACCUCCAUCGCGUCCUCAAUAUUGCUUCGCUUGAUGAAUUCUUAACCAGCUCCAAUUGCUUAGCACUCAUAGCUGCAUACUCACGAAGGCAGUACUAUCACCAGUGGCCCAUCGUCCAUUGGCCGACGUUCGACCCAGAGCAAGCAGCCUUGCCUUUACUAUUAGCUAUAAUGCUGACUGGAGAUACAUAUUCUUGUCGCCGAAAUGAAACUUCUAACUAUGUCUCUCCCACGAGUGCGAUACAGAAAAUAGCAGACAAGUAUAUCUUCAGUCAAAUAAAGAAGUGCACCAAUAUGGCAAACCCUACAACCAAUCCCCAUGAGGUCCUUGAGCUCUGCCAAGCUGCAUUUCUUAUGAACUGCCUCCAUAUCAACAUGAACGAUAUCGGUCUGCGCCAACAAGUUAUUACAAAUCGACAUCCAUUGCUGAUCAGCGCUCUGAGAAGACUUGGCUUGACAGGAACCAAACAUGAACUUUCAGGACCCCGCUUGGAAUGGCAUGCAUUUAUAUACUGCGAAACGUGUAUUAGACUGGUGACAUGGACCUUUCUUAUUGAUUCAUUAUUGACAGUAUAUUUCAAUCACCCUCCUCUCAUGUCGCUUGCAGAGAUGUCAAGCCCCCUUCCGUGUAAUGAUGAUGUUUGGGAUGCAGGCUCUUUGUCCAGCUUCAAGGGGCUAAUGGGACGUGGAUAUUCAUCAUCAUGUAUGCUUUCUCUCAAAGCCCUUGUAGAAAAGCUGUUAAGCAAAGAUUGGACAAACGCAUUUGAAGCAACGUAUGAUGAGCUUAGCACUCAACAUCUCUAUAUUAUCCUUAUGGCCUUGCAACCAAUCGUCUUUAACUAUCAUGCUUCCCUAUUAUGCACAGUGGAUAUAUCUGUUGUAUCGAUUGCGCUGGAUAGAUGGGAGCCGAUUUGGGACCGGGCUAUAGACCGUGUUUCGAGUGAUCAGCAACAGUGGUUAGGCAUUGUAAGGUAUAGCCGGGAGAUAGCUUGGUUAACAAGGAAGAUUAUGGAGAUUAGUAUAAAGAACGAAAGUGAGCAGUCGGAUUACUUGCAGAAGAUUGCAAUUUAUAGCCCUGUAUCGAUUCAUCAAUUUAUUCAACGAUGCAGGGAUCGAAGUUGA